AUGACUUCCACACCCGUCCAAAAAUCGGUGCCACUCACAUGUUCGGGCCACACGCGGCCGGUGGUGCACCUGGAGUUCUCGGAGCUGCAGGAUGACGGCACGUACUCGCUCUUGUCGUCGUGCAAGGACGGCAACCCCAUGCUGCGCGACUGGCUCGGCGACUGGGUAGGCACAUUCCUGGGCCACAAAGGUGCCGUAUGGUGCGGCAAGCUAUCGGGUGGUGACGCUUCGGUGGCGGUUACGGGCUCGGCCGACUUUUCGGCCAAGGUGUGGGACACGUUCACGGGCGACUGUCUGCACACGUUUCCGCACAACCACAUUGUGCGCACCGUGGCGAUCAAUGCGCCGGGCACGCGCGUGGUUACGGCGGGGCACGAAAAGAAGCUGAGGCUGUUUGAUCUGCAACGGCCGGAUGCCGUUGCGGACGAAUUUGUGAUGCGCGGGGCGUCGGCCGACAAGCCGAUUGCGCACGAGGGCGUGAUCAAGAGCAGUGUUUGGCACCGCGGUGGUGCGGAGGACGUGGUGGUUUCGGCGGGGGAGGAUAAGGUGAUGCGUUGGUGGGACACGCGCACGCUGCAGUGCGCGUACGAGAUGACCUUCGCCGAACCCAUUUCGUCCAUGGAGCGCAGUGCGGGUAGCGCAGGCGAGCUUUUGACGGUGACGAGUGGGAAGGAUGUGUACUUUAUCGAUGCCGCCACGCGUGCGGUGCGCAAGAAGCACACGCUCGCGGUGCCUGUUUCGAGCGCAUCGCUCCACCCGACGCUGGCAGACCGCUUCGUCGCCGGAAGCAGCGCUGAUGGUUGGGUGCGCAUCUUUGACUACGAGACGGCCCAGGAGCGCGAACUACACAAGGGCCACCAUGGACCUGCUCAUGCAGUCAGCUACAGCCCCGACGGCGAACUUGCUGCCAGCGGCUCGGAAGAUGGGACCAUCAGGCUGUGGCAGACCUGGCCGUCGAAGAAGUACGGCCUCUGGACCUAG